CGCGCUGCGCCCGCGCCCGGCUGCCGGGGUCCCCGCGCGCCCCAUGUCCUCCGCGCCGCUGCGCUCGCCCGCCCUGCGGCCCCACAGGAUGAAGAAAGACGAGUCGUUCCUGGGCAAGCUGGGCGGCACGCUGGCGAGGAAGAAGAAGGCCAAGGAGGUGAGUGACUUGCAGGAAGAAGGGGAAAAUGCCAUGAACUUGCCGAUGUCCCCUGCCUCGGUGGAGAUCCACCCCGAAGACACCCUGCUCGAGGAGAACCAGGAGCGCACGGUGAUCGACCCCACCUCCAGGGACGACCCCAGAUUCAGAGAGUUGGUCAAGGUUCUCAUCGACUGGGUCAACGACGUGCUGGUGGGGGAGAGAAUCAUCGUAAAGCAGCUGGAAGAGGACCUGUACGACGGGCAGGUGCUGCAGAAGCUCCUGGAAAAACUGGCAGACUGCAAGCUGAACGUGGCCGAGGUGACCCAGUCCGAAAUAGGGCAGAAGCAGAAGCUGCAGACAGUGCUUCAGGCGGUGCAGGAGCUGCUGCGGCCCCACGGCCGGGCGCUCCAGUGGACCGUGGACACGAUUCACGGGAAGAACCUGGUGGCCAUCCUCCACCUCCUCGUGGCCCUGGCCAUGCACUUCCGGGCCCCGAUCCGCCUUCCCGAACACGUCUCCGUGCAAGUGGUGGUCAUACGGAAGCGGGAAGGCCUGCUGCACUCCAGCCACGUCACGGAGGAGCUGACCACGACCACCGAGUUGAUGAUGGGUCGGUUUGAGCGGGACGCCUUUGACACGCUGUUCGACCACGCCCCGGACAAGCUCAGUGUCGUGAAGAAGUCUCUCAUCACAUUUGUGAACAAGCACCUGAACAAGCUGAAUUUGGAGGUGACGGAACUAGAGACCCAGUUUGCAGAUGGCGUGUACCUGGUUCUACUCAUGGGGCUUCUGGAAGACUACUUCGUACCCCUGCACAACUUCUACCUGACCCCGGACAGCUUCGAUCAGAAGGUCCACAACGUGUCAUUUGCCUUUGAGCUGAUGCUGGAUGGAGGCCUUAAGAAGCCCAAGGCUCGCCCCGAAGAUGUGGUGAACCUGGACCUCAAAUCCACCCUGCGAGUUCUUUACAACCUGUUCACCAAAUACAAGCACCUGGAGUGACGGGCGGGAGCAGCAGAGACCGCGGCGGGGACGGUGCUUUGGGAGGUGCCCCGGCCUCCCCUCCAAGCCCGCGGUUGUUCCCGCUCCCACCCCACCUCUUUCUGGUUGAUACUCUUAACCUCCUUCCCCUGUAAUUCUGCAGCGGGCGGCCUCUUGAAAUGCAGGUUCCAAACACCAGUGUUCGAGUUUGCAGCCAGGCUUCACCUGGGGUGUCCCGGGGUGCUGUCUCUUGUUGAUCAAAGGAUGGAAAAGAAAAAAGCCGGAACCCCUGGGAGGGGGCGUUCCAGCUGACAGCCGUCAGUCACCACAGGGGAUCAGAGAGGGAGCUUUGCGGCCGUGGCAGUGGCUUCUCUGUCCCCGUGGAAUCUCCUGGGUAGGGCUCUCCUCAGCAGUGAGGGCUUUUCACUAAAAAGCGUUUUGCAGUUUUACAAACUUCACUCUUAAGUCUCAGAAGCUUUAGCUGGGACCGAGUGUCCACCCACAUCCCUGCUUCUCGGCCACUCAGUGCUGUUUUCAUUUAGCUUUUGCACAGACAUCUGGGACCUGGAGAACCCAGCUGCCACGGUCCGAGGGAGGAAGGAUUUCUGAGGCAUUUCUUUAUUUCUUGCUCCGGCUGAGUGGGCUGUGUCGGAGUCAGCUCUACAAUGCCUCUGGAGUGGCAGCGGCAUUGUAGACCUUCAGGUAGGAAGUGGCCGGUCCCAGACCUCCUGUUUGGGGCUGGAUGCAUUUUUAAAAAGCCUUUAGAAAGCAGGUGUUUUAGUUGGCUUGGGCCGCCAUGACAGAGUGCCACAGACGGGGGCCUUAGACAACAGACGUUUAUUCUCUCACGGUUCUGGAGACUGGAAGUCGAGAUCAAGGUGUCAUCAGGGUUGGUACCUUCCGAGCGUCUCUCCUUGGCUUGUAGAUACCGUCUUCUCCAGGCAUCCUCACGUGUCUCCCCAUGUGUCUGUGUCCUAAUCUCUUCUUCUAAGGACACCAGGCAGAUUGGAUUGGGGUCUACCCUAAUGACCUCAUUUUACCUUAAUUACCUCUGUAAAGACCCUGUCACCAAAUACUGUCACAUUCGUAGGUCCUGGGGGUUAGGACUUCAACAUGUGGGCACAGCUCAGCCUGUAACAGGGAGAUGUGAAGUGUUCACCUCUCUCCUCCCCGAGUGCCAGCUUUCUGGAGCCCUGUCAGCAUCCUUUGGGGCACCCUGUUGAAGGAAGUGCGAUCCCCCGCCCGCGUGCUCUUCAGCCCUCACCCACCUUGGCUCGGGAGAGAAAUGGGGACUCAUAGGCUGGGUCUGAGGCAGGUCCUAUAUAGCUGGGUCACCCCCUCCCCCAACCCCUGGCUCCCGAGCUGGGGUUUUUAUGACACGCCGCCCACCUGAGUUCACCCAACAUCAGCUCAAAUCUCCUGUUUGAUUUUCGCCUUCGUGCUGUAGGUCAGAGCUGCUGAGGAAGUCGUUAAUAUUAAAUUGAACACCGGCGCUCAAGACUUAGAAAACCCUUUCAUAUUCUGCCUCAGCUCAGGCAGCUGCCAGGCUGGGGAUGUGUUCAGAAGAGCCGUUUUCCCAGCAGGGGAAAGAAAUAACGAAGAUGGCAUUACGGUGUCUCCUGCGGGAUGCAGUGACAUUUAAGAACCAACAAAAGAGCCGGGGCUGGAACGUUCUGGGCCGCCUUCGUUACACGUGUAGGAUCACAGUGACUGCGGCUGGUGGAGACCCAUCCACCUGCCUUGUCCACAGGUGGGCCUGGCAAGGGUGCUGCUGCCUCCUGGGGGCCCUGGGGGGGUGACGGAGGUGAGGUUGGGGUUUGGAAAAAAGCCUUGAGGGUCUUCAGCCCAGGUGGGCGGCUCCAGCCUGUUCCACGCCCUGGAGGGGCGGGAUUGGUUACUCCGGGGAUGGGGAUAGGGGUCGGGGUUCAGCGAGCCCACUUCAAGCCCUCUGUGUUUCAAGUAGGAGAGUAACAGGAAUGAUGAGAUAUGUGGGAAAAGUAUUAACAGGCACUUUUGUGUCAUCGUGCUGACUGUUUAAGGCCAUGCUCCAGCAGAGAAUGCAGUCUAGUCUCCAAAGUAUUUUUUUUCAAAUCGGUGCAAAGGUGUAGGUGUGCCUUCCGCCCACCCGCGAAGGACCUCCUCGGGCUGUAUGCGUCUCGUUUUCCCCCCUUGACUCAGAAUUGCAAGUGGGGCCUGGACGGGUGUGGAGGUGAGGGUUGGUGAAGCAGUUUCCGGGCAGAAGUCAGGGUGAACUCUGCGGUAGGGAGACUCCUCUGGGGAUCCACCCAUCGUCCCUGUUGGCUCGGGGACAGUAGUUGUCAGGACGCGAGUUUCAGGGCCUGGGAUGUCCCCUCUGGGGUGCCACAGGCUGGAGCAUCUUGGGGUAACGAGCAGGAGACACAGCCUUCUCUUGAUUCUCGCCAGGGGCUCCUUGGAAUGCAAACGCUUCCCUUUUAGUCCUUAAUUGAGGAACGUUCUGGAACGCUUCCUCCUCCACUGACCCCCAUUUUCAGUGAAUGGUUCCCCCCCGAAGAGGGACCCUUGUCCUCAGGGACUAAGUGACAGCAAGACCGUUGGCGCCUGUGCGGUGACGGACAAAGGCCGGGAAAUGCCUCCUUUUAUUGUCCUCAGGGUGGCGUGUCUUUGAAACCCACCCCACUGGUUUUGGGGAGCUUGCUUGCAGCUCUGGUUCCCCCGGAACAGCCACACGGCCUCAUGCAAGCACUGAGCCCAGAGCCCCACACACCCUAAGGUCCUAACUGGAUGUGACACAGAGCUGUGUUGUUUUAAAGCAACCGAAUCCUCUUCCCCACUUUGUGUGCCAAUAUUUUAUUGUCCUUUUAAUUGUUUUAAGCAGUGUUUACUUUGGAUUUCUGGGUAUUAAAUAAAAGCCACUGAAACGCUGGCUGUGUUGUCGACCUGCUCGUGGGCUGGCGGCGGGAGCCGGCGCGUUCCAGGGGCGCAGCACCCAGACGAUGUGCUGUGGUUUAUCCCAAAAAAGGCCGCUGCCUCCGUCUGGCUGCCGUGGUUUCUUUCGUGCCUUUAGCUGUCAUGGUUGUGCCAGCCCUGUGCUUGGUGCUGGGGCCACAGGAUGCCAGCACAGCCCUGCUCCCUGGGAGCUGCCAGCUGGACGAGGAAGGAGCCAGCUCAUGCCCUAUGUGGGGAGUGGGGCCCCGGGGGGCUGUGACCAAGGGUUUCAUGGGCGGGAGCCAUGGAGAGAAGAGGGUGGCGGAGUCACAGCUGCAGCUGAGUCAUAAUAAAGAACAGAGCAGGUGAGUCUGCCCACGCACCUGGUUCCAAACCAGAGCGGGGGAUGCCUGCGGCCAGUGGCACGGGCUGGAUGAAAGGGCCACUACAGGGAGAUGGUCCCCUCCCUACACGUUGAGGCAAGAGACCCUGAGGUGACCCGCAAUGCGGCCAGAUCUUGGGGGCUGCACGCUGACCCUGCUGUAAACCCUCCCUGCAGAAGUUGUGGGUUGCUUCAGGUGCAUCUAACUUUUCUCUACGAAAGGUUAAAAUUGUGACUAUGAAAGUAUGGACGAGGUCGGUGUAGACAGGGCAAGUUGUGGGAAGAAAAUAAGACCGUGAUGUACUGGAGAGAUGCAGGUGGGCUGGGAGACUUCGGAGGCAGGAGGAUUUGAGCUAGGACCCAUGAUUCACAUCUUCCCCUCCCCCCCGGACCUAGGAGGGACCCGUGGCUCGGUCCAGCAAUGGGCUGAGGACAGCCAUGAUAGGGUAAAACGUUUAAGUCACAUUGUACAUCUGAAUCCUGUCUGCUUUGCUGACCCUCGGUGGCCUUUCCACCUGUGCAGGAUUCUGAUUUGCUACAUGUUCGGAAUGUAGCUCGAGAUUUCCGACCACGUCAGUUGUUUAAACGCACUGACAUUGUGCCAGAAAGCCAGAAGGAGUAUUCGAAGGGUGAUGGGACGUGUCAUAGGACAUAGGAGCCGUCUUAAAGCGUGUCCAUGUUGUGGACAGUUGGGCAUCAGAAAGUAUAGCACUCUGAAUUCAAAAAAAAUCCAUACGUUUACAGUGACACUAAACAAGGAUGAGGGUGAAGACCUCCUUUUUCUUUUCAUAUAUAUAUUUUUUCCGCUGCACC